UUGCAAGUCCGCGGGGUCUCCCUGCAGAAACCCAGCGCGGGCUUCUCAGUUGACCGCGUGCGCGCGCGUGCGCGCUCCCCCCUCAGCCCCCUACCCUGCAGCAAGGGGAGCGUGACGUAAUGCAACCUCAGCAUGUCAGCCCCGAUAUAAAGGAGGACGAGGCGGCGCGCCUCCCAGACGCAGAGUAGCUUGUGAUUGGCUCGAGCUGCGGAACCUCGGAAACCCGAAUGUGAGGAGCUUACGGAUCCACAGCUGCCGCCCCCCCGCAGAAAUCCCGAGCGCGGUCAGAAUCUUACUGGCGGCGGCGGUGGCGGCGGCAGGUAAAAAGAACGUUUUUCCAAAGAAAAUAACAUAGUGCAGAAGGAAAAAUAACAAAAAGUGCUGCAGAUUUUAUUUUACAAUAUCUAAGUAAGGAAAUCUACAGUUUCUUCAAGACACUUGGAUUAAGAUGUCACCUACUGCUGUAGGAUUUUGAUUUACAUGUUGAUAAAGAUUACUCUGUGAAAAUCUUCUGCCUCCUGUACACCUUCAGAACUUUGAGGCAAGGGGAAAAAAUCUUAGUGAUCUCCUGUACUUAAGGAAGCAGUCAUGUUUCAGGAGUCCUCAAAACUGUGAGACAAGAGAAUGUAGUAGAGUGAGGCCAGAAGUCCUUACUGGCUCAAAGAACUCCGGGGAAACUGGGAUAGAACAUUUUGCAUUAUAAGUAGAACCCCCCGGGAGCCAGAGGUGAAACAAGUUUAUCUGCAGAGCUACGCUGCAGGGCUGAUCUGGGUCUGGAAGAAAUGGAUGAGAGCCACUGGAUGAAAUUCACUAAUACUAGACACCUGAGUCCUCUAGUAAUGUAUACAUAUCCCAACUAUUGUCUGUUGUCAUCUUGUUCUCCUUUUUCUUCUUAUAUAACCUAUUUUAACUGGAACCUCAGUGCUACAAUUUUGGGUUUUUUUUGUUUGUUUGUUUGUUUGUUUUUGCUUGCUUCUAUCACUUCCCUAUGGUUCAUCACCCUUACUAUACUAUUUCUCCGUUAUCUUUGAUUUGCUUCCACUUGGCCCUUUUAUUUAUAGUUGUCACAUUAAAGCAUCUAAUCAAGGUUUUUGCUUGUUUUGUUUUCCUUUGUAAUGAGAUUUGCACACCUGGUUGAGAGGCACAUUUUCAGUUGCAUUUCUUUCUCAAAACAACUGACUUUGGCCUAAAUGUAUUUAAGCUGUUUUUAAAACCAUUUCUUUUACAGAGAUUUGUGAAUGAAUUUUGCUAAGUAUGGAUUCAGGUGGUGGAAGUCUUGGAUUGCACACAUCAGACUCCAGAAUGGCCCAUACUAUGAUUAUGCAGGAUUUUGUGGCUGGAAUGGCUGGUACUGCACAUAUCGAUGGAGACCAUAUUGUUGUUUCAGUUCCUGAGGCUGUAUUAGUUUCUGAUGUUGUCACAGAUGAUGGGAUAACUCUUGAUCAUGGCCUUGCAGCUGAAGUUGUCCAUGGGCCUGAUAUCAUCACUGAGACUGAUGUAGUAACAGAAGGUGUAAUUGUUCCUGAAGCUGUACUUGAGGCUGAUGUUGCUAUUGAAGAAGAUUUAGAGGAAGAUGAUGGUGAUCACAUCUUGACAUCUGAGCUAAUUACAGAAACUGUUAGAGUACCUGAGCAGGUUUUUGUGGCUGACCUUGUUACUGGUCCUGAUGGACACUUAGAACAUGUGGUCCAAGACUGUGUUUCAGGAGUUGACUCUCCCACAAUGGUAUCAGAGGAAGUUCUUGUAACUAAUUCAGAUACAGAAACUGUGAUUCAAGCAGCUGGUGUUCCUGGUUCUACAGUUACUAUUAAAACCGAAGAUGAUGAUGAUGACGAUGACGAUGAUGAUGAUGAUGAUGAUGUCAAGAGCACUUCUGAAGACUACUUAAUGAUAUCUUUGGAUGAUGUUGGGGAAAAAUUAGAGCAUAUGGGGAACACACCAUUAAAAAUCGGCAGUGAUGGUUCACAAGAAGAUGUUAAAGAAGAUGGAUUUGGUUCAGAAGUAAUAAAAGUGUAUAUAUUCAAAGCCGAGGCUGAAGAUGAUGUUGAAAUAGGUGGAACAGAAAUUGUUACAGAGAGUGAGUACACCAGUGGACAUUCUGUAGCUGGAGUGCUUGACCAGAGCCGAAUGCAGCGGGAGAAGAUGGUUUACAUGGCAGUUAAAGAUUCUUCUCAGGAAGAAGAUGAUAUCAGAGAUGAAAGAAGAGUUUCUCGAAGAUAUGAAGAUUGUCAGUCAUCAGGAAAUACUUUGGACUCAACAUUAGAAAACAGAAGUAGUACAGCAGCACAAUACCUUCAAAUUUGUGAUAGCGUUAAUACAAAUAAAGUCCUUAAGCAAAAAGCUAAGAAGAGGAGAAGGGGAGAAACGAGACAGUGGCAAACAGCUGUUAUAAUAGGCCCUGACGGACAGCCUCUGACAGUAUACCCUUGCCAUAUUUGCACAAAAAAGUUUAAAUCCAGGGGAUUCUUGAAAAGACACAUGAAGAAUCAUCCUGAUCAUUUGAUGAGAAAAAAAUAUCAGUGUACAGAUUGUGACUUUACAACUAACAAGAAGGUGAGUUUCCAUAAUCACUUAGAAAGCCAUAAGCUUAUAAACAAAGUUGACAAAACCCAUGAGUUUACAGAAUAUACACGAAGAUACAGAGAGGCUAGUCCACUGAGUUCAAAUAAACUUAUAUUAAGAGAUAAGGAGCCGAAGAUGCACAAGUGCAAAUACUGUGACUAUGAAACUGCAGAACAAGGACUGUUAAACCGACAUUUACUGGCUGUUCACAGCAAGAAUUUUCCUCAUGUUUGUGUUGAAUGUGGGAAGGGCUUUCGACAUCCUUCUGAACUCAAGAAACAUAUGAGAACCCAUACUGGUGAGAAGCCAUAUCAGUGUCAAUAUUGUGUCUUCAGGUGUGCAGAUCAAUCAAAUUUGAAAACUCACAUUAAGUCUAAGCAUGGUAACAAUUUGCCAUAUAAAUGUGAGCACUGUCCCCAAGCAUUUGGUGAUGAGAAGGAGCUUCAGCGCCAUCUGGAUUUGUUUCAAGGACAUAAGACACAUCAGUGUCCUCAUUGUGACCAUAAGAGUACCAACUCAAGUGACCUUAAGCGGCACAUCAUAUCUGUCCACACUAAGGAUUUUCCUCACAAAUGUGAGGUCUGUGAUAAAGGUUUCCAUCGUCCUUCUGAGCUCAAAAAACAUAGUGAUAUCCAUAAGGGUAGGAAGAUUCAUCAGUGUAGGCACUGUGACUUUAAAACAUCAGAUCCAUUUAUCCUCAGUGGUCAUAUCCUUUCAGUUCAUACUAAAGAUCAGUCAUUGAAAUGUAAAAGGUGCAAAAGAGGGUUUAGACAACAAAAUGAGCUCAAAAAGCAUAUGAAGACUCAUACUGGAAGGAAGAUUUACCAAUGUGAGUAUUGUGAAUACAGCACUACAGAUGCAUCUGGCUUUAAACGACAUGUGAUAUCAAUACAUACAAAAGACUAUCCACACAGGUGUGAAUUCUGCAAGAAAGGAUUCCGAAGACCAUCAGAGAAAAAUCAGCAUAUUAUGAGGCACCACAAGGAGGCUCUUAUGUAAUAAGAUCAAUAUAUAAAGAAAGAAGCUAUUUAGAAAAUAUGACAUGCUACAUGGGAAGAUAAUUUCAUAAACUGUUUCACCUGAUUAUAAAGCUUGAUGUUAAAUCUUAAAUUUACAUUUCUUUUAUUAAAGAUCUUAAGAUAUUUGAAUUGAUGGGGGACCUCAUAGCCCUUUGAAAUUGCCUAAAGAUUUAAGGAGCACCAUAGAAUGGUUGCAGAAAACCUUAUUGUCUAUUUAAUAGUAUUAUAUGCAUAAUUAAACUAGAGGGGAAGGGCAAAGACAACCACUUGAUUUGGCUGAUCAUACUAGAGACAGUGUUUCUGAAAAGAUCAUACCUAAUUGAGUUAGUGAUGCUUUGCUGUAGCAAGCAAGCCUCACUUUUAUGCAGUUUUAGAAAUGGGUUGGGGAAAUAAAAUGCAGUCAUCCAUCAGUCACUUAGUCAUUGAGCCUUUUAUAUGGUACCUGGAAAUUGAAUUCCAGAAAUGGCAAAAGUUUUGUGUAUUCAUUAAAAGAAAUUUCCUUGGAAAACAGGUUAGAUUCAGUACUUUUUAAAAGAACUUCAGAGCUGCUAAGAUUUUAUGGUGGGAUAAGAUGUUUAAAAUAUAGCAUUUUGUGAAGUCUAAAGUGAAGUCUAAAGAUUAAAGUUCCCCUUUUUUUGAUGUUCAAGUUGAUAAUUGUUCAGUAUGGCCUAUAUGAAAAGAGCAUAUUUGAGUUGAAUGUGGCUUUCUAAAAUGGAUGCAACAGUAGUGUUGCAAAGUUAGCACUAUAUUUCUUAAUGAUCUAAAGAUUAAAUUGAGAGAACACAGUUUUCUUAAAUAUUAUAAUGUUUAGAGGUUUUUUUAGGAGUCUUAUUAGCAAGUAUGAUUGUUCUAGUCUUACUUGCUCUAAUGUUUAAAGGUGCAAUUUUAUGCCAUUGAAAUUUUUGAUUUUUAAAAUCUAUACCAUGUUAACAUGCAUUUUCAGUAUGAGGCAGUAUUUAUGCAGUAUUUAACAAAACAUUAUGCUGCCAAUAGAGUUUGAAGGUGGAUAUUCAGUUUACAGUGUAUAAAUUUAAAAUAUGCAUCCCUUUAACAAUGCUUUGUGUUAGCAUGCUGCAAAUCAAAAUGGCGCUUAAUAUAAAAAGCUGGUUUAGGGAAAUUUAAUGAAAAUCCUGUUCAUCAAUGUAAUGCAUAUGAUGUGUACUUUUAAGUUUUAGUUGCUUCAUGUUUACACUCAGCUGUUCAACAUUAUUAAAAUGUAAUUUUACUUCAUGCUAUACUGUGGCUUUGUGUUUUCAGAUAAUGUUCACUUUUGUUUUUGCACCAGAUAAGAAUCAGUUCCUUGAGAGUAAAUUUUUUAUCUUUCUUAACUUCAGAAUAUUAAAUUUGGAAAAUCUAAAAUUGUGUGUCAUGUGGUUGUAAAUGAUGUACACGCUGUAAAAUAAGAUUGUCACUGUUACGUGAGAUUAUUUCUAAAUGUUACUCAUUGAAAUGAGCAUACAAUAAAAAGCAUUUAUUGCAUUUCAAGGUUU